UGUCAGCGCCCAUGUGGUCAAAAUUUUCCACGUGAAAAACAGAAAUUAAGUAGUUUUUUGCUCAAAAGAUACUUAAUUUUUCUGUAGAACCAGAUUAAGAUGUCAAGAAUAGUUGUAAAGAAUCUACCUAGCAAGGUCAAAGAUGAGAAGUUGAGCGGUUUGUUUUCCUCAAUUGGACACAUCACAGAUCUGAGUCUUAAGUACACCAAGGAUGGAGUAUUCCGCAAGUUUGCCUUCAUUGGAUUUGGGAAAGAAGGAGAUGCAAUCAAUGCCAUCAAAAAAUUCAAUAAUACAUUUAUUGAAGCUUCCAAAAUUCAGGUUGAGCUCUGUCGUGAUCUUCAUGACUCGGACAAGCCACGGGCCUGGAGUAAAUAUGCCAAGGGGACGUCUGCUUAUAAACGCAUGAUGGAGAAGCUAGAAGCUAAGAAGGCUGAGCAAUCUGGUGAGAAACCACAAGAGGAGAAGAAAACGGACAAGAAGGAAAAGAAAAAGAAUGCCAGAGAUAAGAAGGUGGAAGAACUGUUUGGAGAUUUGAAAGAUGAUGCAGAAUUCCAGGACUUCUUGGAAGUGCACCAGAACAGGAAGAAUAAGGCUUUAUGGAGCAAUGAUAUGGUGAUUGGCGCUAAGGGGGGUGAGGCUGUUGAGCCGGUGGCAGGGACAAGUGGGAAAGGCAAGUCGAAAGGAAAGGAGUUUGACAGCGGCGUGUCGGAUGAUUCGGGAAGUUCUGAGGAGGAGGAGGAGGUGAAGACAGAGACAAAGAAAGCUGUUAAGACCAAAGUGAAGGCCAAGGAUGAUAUUGCUGUGAAAAAAGAUUUAUCAGACCUUGAUUACUUGAAAUCCAAAGUCAGCAAGAGCAGUCGGCUGUUAACUGAGGAUUCUUCAGAUGAAGAGAGCUCCUCGUCCUCAGAUAAUGAUGAUGAUGAUAGUGAUGAUGAUGGGAAUGAUGAGUCUCAGCAGGCAGCAGCAAAAGAAGAGGAAGAAAAAGCGGUUCAUCAGGAGACAAAGUUCAAGGUCAAACUGAAGGGGUUACCUCCAAAUGUCAAGGAUAGACAAAUUAAGGAAUUCUUCCAAGGUAUCAUGGUCAAGAAUAUCCAAGUUCCCCGGAAUGCCGCAAAGAAACCGAUUGGUGUUGCAUAUGCUGAAUUUGUGACUGAGAAUGACUUGGAACAGGCUUUGAGGAGAAACAAGAGCUUCAUUGGAACAAAGAAGGUCUUCUUGAAGAAAGUCGAGUUUGAAAAUGUGGCUGAGGGGCCUAAAGGGAAACAGCUCAAACCAUGGGAAGCUAAGCUUUUGAAACAGAAAGCUGAAGGUGCAGAAGAUGACGAGGAUGAAACCAUAGCCGAGUCUGGUCGAUUGUUUGUCAGGAAUCUUGCCUACGUGUGCAAGGAACAGGACCUAGAAGAUUUAUUUGGGAAAUAUGGACCAAUCACUGAUGUCAAUUUGCCUAUCGAUAAAUUCACCAAAAAGAUCAAAGGAUUUGCCUUUGUCACUUUCAUGAUGCCAGAACAUGCUGUCAAAGCCUUUAUGGAACUUGAUGGAACGAUAUUCCAGGGUCGGUUGUUACAUAUCUUACCAGCCAAGACCAAAGAGGAAAAACCACUGGUUGAAGAAACAGACAGUUUUAAGAAGAAAAGAGCUGCUGAGAAGAAGGCUCUUUCUGGAAGUUCUCAUAAUUGGAACACGUUAUUUCUUGGUGCUAAUGCUGUCGCUGAUAUCAUGGCAGAAAAAUAUGGAAAAUCUAAGAGUGACAUUCUUGACGCUGAAUCACGGGAGAGUUUAGGUGUGCGGAUGGCUCUUGGGGAGACACAGAUUGUUGCAGAGACGAGAGACUUUCUCACUGAGAAUGGACUUUCAUUAGAUUCAUUCAGUCAAGCGAGUGGCCCGAGGAGCAAAACGGUCAUUCUGGUCAAAAAUUUACCUGCUGGAACCAAAGCUGCUGAAAUCAAGGACGUGUUUGCCAAAUAUGGGACGCUUGGUCGAGUUAUCCUGCCUCCUUCUGGUAUCACUGCUGUGGUGGAGUUCUCAGAAAUAACCGAGGCCAAGACAGCGUUCAGGAGUCUAGCAUAUACAAAGUUUCAGCAUGUCCCAUUAUACCUUGAAUGGGCUCCAGGUGAAGUGUUCGAGAAACCUCAACCUGUUGCCAUGGAGACCGGAGACGAAGCUGGGAGUAGCAAACAACCAGAAAAUGAGAAAGACGCUGCAUCAUCGAGUGACGAUGAUGAACCAGAACCCGAUUCUGUGUUAUUUGUUAAAAAUAUCAACUUUGAUACGACGGAUAAAGAUUUAGAAGAGAAAUUUUCCAAAUGUGGUCCAAUUCAUUCCGCAUCGAUAGCCAAGAAGAAAGACAUGAAGAAUCCAGGUCAGAUGUUGUCGAUGGGCUAUGGAUUUGUCCAGUUCAGGACACACGCAGCCGCAUCUAAAGCUCUGAAGGAACUCCAGCAUUCUGAGCUCGAUGGCCAUACCCUCGAACUCAAGGUGUCUAAUCGUCAGACACAACCAACGGCCAAGACUAAACGAAAAGAAGCAUCUAAAAAAGUGCAAAAGUCAACCAAGAUUAUGGUUCGAAAUAUACCGUUUGAAGCCAAGCUGAAGGAAAUAGAACAACUCUUCAAAGUAUUUGGUGAGUUGAAAUCAGCUCGUUUACCCAAGAAAUUGAGCGGUACUGGUUCUCAUCGAGGUUUUGGUUUUGUCGAUUUCCUCUCAAAACAAGAUGCAAAGAGGGCGUUCAAUGCAUUAUGUCACAGCACUCACUUGUACGGCCGUCGUCUGGUCCUCGAGUGGGCCGACGAGGAGGAGACCGUUGAUGAACUCAGGAAGAAAACGGCAGAGCAUUUCCAUGAUGAAGUACCGAGGAAGAAAUUGAAGAAAUCGACAUUAAUGGAUGAAUUGAAAGGCGUGGAGACCAUGGAAUGAUCCCAAUCUCGACGACAAUGUCGAGGGAAAGUCUGAAUGAAAAAAUGGAUUACUGUGUGAAGGAAAUAGUUGGCAGACGAUUGGACACAGUUGUGGAAGGUGUGAAUUCAAUGAGGAAUGGAUAUUUUGACUGAUAUGGAUUUGAAAAACAGCAUAUGAUUAAGAUAAUUAAUUCUUCGAUUAUGUGAAAAUAGUUUGUUGUUCAAAUUACUAAAACUAGUAAAUAAACUUAUUGA